AUGUGUCAGAACCUGAGCUGUUGGUUCACGCCUCUGAGCAACUCCUUUGACUUUUUCCCUAGAUCUUUUGCGAUUAAGGAGUUUUUUUCGAAGCCCAAGUACAACCACAUUUUGCAGCCAGAAGACUGUCUGUCUGAACCGUGCACCAUCCUGCAGCUGGACAUGAGAACCGUGCAGAUCGCUGACCUGGAGACCGUGAAAGGCGAGCUGCACUUUGAGAUCAGGAAGGCCGGCACGCUGCAUGGAUUCACGGCCUGGUUCAGUGUCCGGUUCCAGAGCCUGGAGGAGGACGAGCCGCAGCUGGUGCCGAGCACAGGCCCGUUUCACCCAACCACCCACUGGAAGCAGGUGCUGUUUAUGAUGGACGAGCCCGUGUCCGUGCUCUCGGGAGAUGUGAUCACAGGCUCGGUUAUGUUGCAGAGAAACCCCGUGUGGAGGAGGCACAUGUCCGUGGCACUCAGCUGGUCCGUCACUUCCACACAAGACCCCACAUCGCAGAAAGUAAGGCUCGUGCCGCAGGGCAGGUGCUGGGCGCUGGUGCUGGGAGACGGGCCUGGUGGUCGUGGUGCCACGGCCUCGGCCUCGCGCGCCUGCGCUGCUUUCUCACCCUCCUCACGGGAAGUGGAUGUUGUUAUUGGUAGAACAGGAAACGGGGGCAGGAAGGUUGGAGAGAAGGUCUUUCCCAUCUGGAGAUGA